AACACGAGUCAUCUUCACUAGACACUGACCUUGACUACCCCACGAGAGUGACAAUCAUCCUUCACAACUUGCAUAGUGCUUUGGGGAACGGAGUCAGUGCGACGCCAGGCGCCAUGGACACCGGACCUGUAAACAACAUUGUCUUUUUGGCCGACUGUUACAAGGUCGGCCACCACCGCCAGUAUCCUCCAGGAACUACAACUAUCUACUCCUACUUCGAGUCUCGCGGGGGCAGGUUCCCCUACACCGUUUUCUUCGGUCUGCAGUACAUCCUGAAGCGUUGGCUCGUGGGACCAGUCGUGACGGAGGAGGCUAUCGAGGAGGCCAAGGAUAUCCUGCAGAAGGGCGUUUUCAAUGAGGAAGGAUGGAGGUACAUCCUCAAGCACCAUGGAGGCCGCUUGCCAGUGAGGAUCAAGGCGGUACCAGAAGGAACGGUCAUGCCGACGAAGAACGUUCUUCUGACCGUCGAGAACACUGACCCAAAUGUUCCUUGGCUCACUGGGUAUCUCGAGACGAUCCUGGUACAAGUUUGGUACCCUAUAGCCGUCGCUACCAACUCGAGAAUUCACAAGCAGGUGAUUCACCACUACCACGACCUCACGGCGAAUAAUACCCAUUUCGUGUCAUUUGGUCUUCACGACUGUGGUUACCGCGGCGUGUCCUCAGUCGAGACGGCGGCUCUGGGCGGGUCGGCGCACAUGAUCAACUUUAAGUCUUCCGACACGCUGGCCGCCAACGCCCUCCUGAAGAAGUACUACCACGAGGUCCGGCGCGUGGAGAUGGGCGGCGCCUUCUCCGAGCACUCGACGGUGACCAGCUGGGGGCGCGAGAGGGAGGCCGACGCCCACAGGCACGCCAUCGAGACCUACUUCGGAGAGUUCGUAGGAUGCGUGUGCGAUUCCUACAACAUUUACGCCUGCGUGGAAAAGAUCCUUGGCGAGGAACUGAAGGACCUCAUCCUGCGGCAUGCGAAGAAGGGCGGGAUGCUGGUGGUUCGGCCUGACAGCGGGGAUCCCUGCGAGGUGGUCCUCAAGUGUUUGGAGAUUCUCGGAGAUCGCUUCGGCACAGAGACCAACGCAAAAGGCUACAAGGUUCUUCCUCCUUUCCUCAAGGUCUGCCAGGCUGAUGGCGUGAACUUCAAGUCUCUGGACACCAUCCUCGGGACACUGAUGGAGCACGGGUGGGCAGCAGACAACGUUAGCUUCGGUUCUGGGGCGUCCCUGCUACAGAGGCUCGACCGAGACACUCAGAAAUGCGCCUACAAGUGCAGCCUGGCAGUGAUCGACGGCCAGGACGUGGAGGUCUUCAAGGAACCCAUCACAGACACAGGCAAGAAGAGCAAGCGCGGACGCCUCACUCUCCAGAUGGAAGAAGGAGUGUACAGGACCUUCGAGAAAGGAACUGGGGAUCCGGAUAAGGACCUGCUUGUGACAGUCUUUGAGAACGGGGAACUCCUGAAAGAUUAUACAUUUGCCGAAAUUUGCCAAAGAGCUGAGAUUACUCCUGCCGACCCAGACAUCAUGAAGUUCUUGGCUGAGGACCAAGGACAACGCUGGUGAGAAGUUGCCAGAGUUACUUCUGCAGAAACCGUGCAACUGUUGCUGUUACAGGGAGUGACGUCAUCUUGCUUGAAGACAACACCCGGAACUAAGCGAAUCAUGACGUUCUGAUAGAAUGCUAUAUUGAGUGAAUAUAAAAAGCUAUUAUAAAGUUAGCGGCUCCGUCCGUUUUUCAUCGUACGAAAUUGGGAAGACGAUAUACAGAACAAUCAAUGUAAAAUGUUCUUGUUUAGCGACUAGAAUAGAUCUCCAUAGGUCACCAUUGUGAAUAUUAAAAUAAUAAGAUUUCCUGCACGACAGCAUGGAUAAGUAGGCCUACCACAAAGUUGUAACGUCAAAUACCUAAGGAUUAGUCACUGAUAUACAAAAUGUAUGAAUAGGAUAACAUGUAAGAUAUUAAGAAUACUGAUAAAUAACAGUCUGUAGAUCCAUCAUUGUUCUUUCUCUUUUCCUUUUGGUGAGCAUAAAGCUUUCAUGGAUGAUUUAUUGUUUGUAAGAGAGAAUAUAUACUGUUAACAAUA